GCCUCGGACUCUGCAGCCGUCGAAUCUGGAACCGACUUCAUCAGCCUUGGAGGCCCUGUGCAGGCAGUGCUCGUUUGAAGCUGCGUGCCCAGGACGUUGUUGGUCGUGCUGGGUUCCUUCGCAAUCUGCAAUGGCCACUGGGAUUGCUGGGCGGCCGGCAGAAGUCCUCAAACCAAACAGCCACCUUGGAAAAGGAUUUCAACGACACAUCUCCGGAAGAGGAGCUUGCUCGACUUACAAACCCGCAGCAGAACGUCGCCAUUUUGGGCACACGAGAUUGCACCUACAAUCACCAGCAGGAGAUCGAAGCACUCACGCAGGGGCACGUGGAAAGAGGGCAUCGCAUCUUCACAUCCGGGUCCAGCGGCACAAACUCGGCAGUGAUCAAGGCGGUCCUAGACAAAGGAAGGCCCGAGUUGCUGACAGUUGAGCUUCCACAAAGCUUGGGAAAGCAAGACGACGAGGUUCAGGUGCUGCUGGAGAGAUGCAAGGAGGAAGGCGUAACGAUAUGUCCACACAGGGAAUGUGACCAUCUGGAGCUCGCUGCUGCGGCUGCGAAGUGCAACACGCGUAUCCUGGGUCAAGUAGACAGAUUGGUGGUUUUUGCCACCCACCGAUCCGACAAAUACCUCGGCUUGGUCCAGGAGGCGAAGGAUAACAAUGUGAUGGUCGCGGCGUUCAACGUCGAAGUCUGA